GCCAACGGUCAGCACGCGCGAGGGGUCGGUGGUCAUCCCUGCCGCUGCCGCCGCCGCCGCCGCCGCCGCCGCCGCCGCCGCCGAGGUCCCUCACCAGCCAUGGCGCAGAUCCUCCCUAUUCGCUUUCAGGAGCACUUCCAGCUCCAAAACCUUGGAAUUAAUCCAGCCAACAUUGGAUUCAGCACACUGACCAUGGAAUCUGACAAGUUCAUAUGUAUCCGAGAGAAAGUUGGUGAGCAGGCACAGGUCACGAUCAUUGACAUGAGUGACCCAGUGGCUCCGAUCCGACGGCCUAUCUCUGCAGAGAGUGCCAUCAUGAAUCCAGCCUCUAAGGUGAUAGCUUUGAAAGCUGGGAAGACACUUCAGAUCUUUAAUAUUGAGAUGAAGAGUAAAAUGAAGGCUCAUACUAUGGCAGAAGAGGUGAUUUUCUGGAAAUGGGUUUCUGUGAACACUGUUGCCUUGGUGACCAAGACCACGGUCUACCACUGGAGCAUGGAAGGUGACUCCCAGCCCAUGAAGAUGUUUGAUAGACAUAUCAGUCUGGCGGGCUGCCAGGUGAUUCACUACCGGACUGAUGAGUACCAGAAGUGGCUGCUCCUCAUAGGCAUCUCGGCUCAGCAAAACCGUGUGGUUGGAGCAAUGCAGCUCUACUCUGUGGAUAGGAAGGUUUCACAACCCAUAGAAGGCCAUGCCGCGGCUUUUGCAGAGUUCAAGAUGGAGGGGAAUGCCAAGCCUGCCACCCUUUUCUGCUUUGCUGUACGUAAUCCCACAGGAGGCAAGUUGCACAUCAUUGAAGUUGGACAGCCUGCAGCGGGAAACCAACCUUUUGUAAAGAAAGCAGUAGAUGUGUUUUUUCCUCCAGAGGCACAAAAUGAUUUUCCAGUGGCUAUGCAGAUUGGAGCUAAACACGGUGUUAUUUACGUGAUCACAAAGUAUGGCUAUCUUCAUCUGUACGACCUAGAGUCUGGCGUAUGCAUCUACGUGAACCAUAUUAGUGCUGACACAAUAUUUGUCACUGCUCCGCACAAACCAACCUCUGGAAUUAUUGGUGUCAACAAAAAGGGACAGGUGCUGUCAGUUUGUGUUGAGGAAGAUAACAUUGUGAAUUAUGCAACCAACGUGCUUCAGAAUCCAGACCUUGGUCUGCGUUUGGCCGUUCGUGGUAACCUGGCUGGGGCAGAGAAGUUGUUUGUGAGAAAAUUCAAUAUGCUUUUUGCACAGGGCAGCUAUGCUGAAGCCGCCAAAGUUGCAGCGUCUGCACCAAAGGGAAUCCUGCGUACCAGAGAGACGGUCCAGAAAUUCCAGAGUAUACCCGCUCAGUCUGGCCAGGCUUCUCCAUUGCUGCAGUACUUUGGAAUCCUGCUCGACCAGGGUCAGCUCAAUAAACUUGAAUCCUUAGAACUUUGCCAUCUGGUUCUUCAGCAGGGGCGUAAGCAACUCCUAGAGAAGUGGCUGAAAGAAGAUAAGCUGGAGUGCUCAGAGGAGUUUGGAGACUUGAUCAAAACCACUGACCCCAUGCUCGCUCUGAGUGUGUACCUUCGGGCAAACGUGCCAAGCAAAGUGACCCAGUGUUUUGCAGAAACAGGCCAAUUCCAGAAAAUUGUGCUCUAUGCCAAAAAGGUUGGGUACACCCCAGACUGGAUCUUUCUGCUGAGGGGUGUAAUGAAGAUCAGUCCGGAACAGGGCCUGCAGUUUUCUCAAAUGCUAGUGCAGGACGAGGAGCCACUGGCCAACAUUAGCCAGAUUGUGGACAUUUUCAUGGAAAACAGUUUAAUUCAGCAGUGUACUUCCUUCUUAUUGGAUGCCUUGAAGAAUAAUCGCCCAGCUGAGGGACUCCUCCAGACAUGGCUGUUGGAGAUGAACCUUGUUCAUGCACCCCAGGUUGCAGAUGCCAUCCUUGGAAAUAAAAUAUUUACUCAUUACGACCGGGCUCACAUUGCCCAGCUCUGUGAGAAGGCAGGCCUCCUGCAGCAAGCACUGGAGCACUACACCGACCUCUAUGACAUCAAGAGGGCUGUGGUCCACACUCACCUCCUCAAUCCCGAGUGGCUUGUCAAUUUCUUUGGCUCCUUAUCGGUGGAGGAUUCUGUGGAGUGUCUGCGUGCCAUGCUGUCUGCUAACAUCAGACAGAACCUUCAGCUGUGUGUGCAGGUGGCCUCUAAGUACCAUGAGCAGCUGGGCACACAGGCCCUGGUGGAGCUCUUUGAAUCCUUCAAGAGUUAUGAAGGCCUCUUCUACUUCCUGGGCUCAAUCGUGAACUUCAGCCAAGACCCAGGUGUGCAUCUGAAAUACAUUCAGGCUGCCUGUAAAACAGGGCAGAUCAAGGAGGUGGAGAGGAUCUGCCGAGAGAGCAGCUGCUACAACCCAGAGCGUGUAAAGAACUUCCUGAAGGAGGCCAAGCUCACAGACCAGCUUCCCCUCAUCAUCGUGUGUGAUCGUUUUGGCUUUGUCCAUGACCUUGUCCUGUAUUUAUACCACAACAACCUGCAGAGAUACAUUGAGAUCUACGUGCAGAAGGUCAACCCUAGCCGGACCCCAGCUGUGAUUGGAGGGCUGCUUGAUGUGGAUUGUUCUGAGGAAGUGAUUAAACACUUAAUCAUGGCAGUGAGAGGACAGUUCUCUACUGAUGAGUUGGUGGCUGAAGUAGAAAAAAGAAAUAGGCUCAAGCUGCUGCUUCCCUGGCUGGAGUCCCGGAUUCAGGAAGGCUGUGAGGAGCCUGCCACUCACAAUGCACUGGCUAAAAUCUACAUCGACAGCAACAGCAGCCCCGAGUGCUUCCUGAGAGAGAAUGCCUACUAUGACAGCAGCGUUGUGGGCCACUACUGUGAGAAGCGAGACCCCCAUCUGGCCUGUGUCGCCUAUGAGCGGGGGCAAUGUGACCUUGAGCUCAUCAAGGUGUGCAAUGAGAAUUCUCUGUUCAAAAGCGAGGCCCGCUACCUGGUACGCAGAAAGGAUCCGGAGCUCUGGGCUCAUGUCCUUGAGGAGACCAACCCAUCUAGGAGGCAGCUAAUUGACCAGGUGGUACAGACAGCAUUGUCAGAAACACGAGAUCCUGAAGAGAUUUCGGUCACUGUCAAAGCCUUUAUGACAGCCGACCUGCCUAAUGAACUGAUUGAACUGCUGGAGAAGAUAGUUCUGGAUAACUCUGUCUUCAGCGAGCACAGGAAUCUACAGAAUCUGUUGAUCCUGACUGCCAUCAAGGCAAACCGCACACGGGUCAUGGAGUACAUCAGCCGCCUGGACAACUAUGACGCACUGGAUGUCGCAAGCAUCGCUGUCAGCAGCGCACUGUAUGAGGAGGCCUUCACCGUCUUCCACAAGUUUGAUAUGAAUGCCUCAGCAAUCCAGGUCCUGAUUGAGCACAUUGGAAACCUGGACCGGGCAUAUGAGUUUGCGGAGAGAUGCAAUGAGCCUGCUGUGUGGAGUCAGCUGGCCCAAGCCCAGCUCCAGAAAGAUUUGGUGAAGGAGGCCAUCGACUCCUAUAUCAGAGGGGAUGACCCUUCCUCUUACCUGGAAGUUGUUCAGGCAGCCAGCAGGAGCAACAACUGGGAGGAUCUAGUUAAAUUUCUGCAGAUGGCCAGGAAAAAGGGCCAUGAGUCCUAUAUAGAGACUGAACUUAUUUUUGCCUUGGCUAAAACCAGCCGUCUUUCUGAGCUACAAGAUUUUAUUAAUGGACCCAACAAUGCCCACAUCCAGCAGGUUGGAGACCGCUGUUAUGAGGAGGGAAUGUACGUGGCUGCCAAGCUGCUCUAUAGCAAUGUUUCUAACUUUGCCCGCCUGGCUUCCACCUUGGUUCACCUCGGUGAGUAUCAGGCAGCAGUGGACAACAGCCGCAAGGCCAGCAGCACCCGGACGUGGAAGGAGGUGUGCUUUGCCUGUGUGGAUGGACAGGAGUUCCGCUUCGCACAGCUGUGUGGUCUUCACAUCGUCAUUCAUGCAGAUGAGCUGGAGGAGCUGAUGUGCUAUUACCAGGAUCGUGGCUACGUUGAGGAGCUGAUCUCGCUGUUGGAGGCGGCCCUGGGUCUGGAGCGGGCCCACAUGGGCAUGUUCACAGAGCUAGCCAUCCUCUACUCCAAAUUCAAGCCACAGAAGAUGCUGGAGCAUCUGGAGCUUUUCUGGUCCCGUGUCAACAUCCCAAAGGUGCUGAGGGCUGCAGAGCAGGCACAUCUGUGGGCUGAGCUGGUGUUCCUCUAUGACAAGUACGAGGAGUAUGACAAUGCUGUGCUCACCAUGAUGAGCCACCCCACUGAGGCCUGGAAGGAGGGUCAGUUCAAGGACAUCAUUACCAAGGUUGCCAACGUCGAGCUCUGUUACAGAGCCCUGCAGUUCUAUUUGGAUUACAAACCACUGCUCAUCAAUGACCUGCUGCUGGUGCUGUCACCCCGGCUGGACCACACCCGGACAGUCAGUUUCUUUUCAAAGGAAUUUGGAAGAAGUGGAUUCCAACCCUCAUGGAUGACUUUGGGGGUUCAGGACUUCAGUGGAGAAAGUCACUGCAGAUGUGGGGGAAACAGCAGGAGAACUAGAAUUAGAAGUGGAGCCUGAAGAAGGGGCUGAAUUGCUGCAAUCUUAGGAUCCAACUUGAACAGAUGAGGAGCUGCUUCUUAGGGAUGAGCAAAGAAAGUGGUUUCUUAAGAUAGAAUCUACUCCUGGGGCAGAUGCUGUGAACAUUGUUGAAAUGACUACAAGGGAUUUAGAAUAGUGCAUAAACCUAGUUGAUAAAGCGGCAGCAAGGUUGGAGAGGACUGAGACCAAUUUUGAAAAAUGUUCUACUGUGAGUACAGUACUAUCAAAGAGCAUUGCAUGCUGCACAGCAGUCUUUUCGUUUGUUUUGUUGAUUUUGUUUUAUGCAACACAAGUCCAGAGUGGUCUUACAUAAAGGGAAGAGUCAGUCAGUGAGGCAAACCUCAUUGAUGUCUUAUUUUAAGAAAUUUUGCCAGCCGAGCGCAGUGGCUCACGCCUGUAAUCCCAGCGCUUUGGGAGGCCGAGGCGUGUGGAUCAUGAGGUCAGGAGGUUGAGACUAGCCUGACCAACGUGGUGAAACUCUGUCUCUACUAAAAAUACAAAAAUUAGCCAGGCGUGGUGGGUGCGCACCUGUAAUCCCAGAUAUUCAGGAGGCCGAGGCAGGAGAAUCGCUUGAACCCAGGAGGCAGAGAUUGCAGUGAGCCAAGAUCGUGCCACUGCACUCCAGCCUGGGCGACAGAGCGAGACUCCAUCUCCCCCCCAAAAAAAAGAAGGAAAGAAAGAAAUUGCUGGCUGGGCACAGUGGCUCACGCCUGUAAUCCUAGCACUUUGGCAGGCAGAUGUGGGCAGAUCACCUGAGUUCAGGAGUUCAAGACCAGCUUGGCCAACAUGGUGACACCCUGUGUCUACUAAAAAUACAAAAAUUAGCUGGGCAUGGUGGUGGGCAUCUAUAAUCCCAGCUACUUGGGAGGCUGAGGCAGGAGAAUCACUUGGACCUGGUGGGCAGAGGUUGCAGUGAGCUGAGAUUGGACCACUUCACUCUAGCCUGAGUGAAAGAGCAAAACUCUGUCUCAGAAAAAAAGGGGCCGGGCGCGGUGGCUCACACCUGUAAUCCCAACAUUUGGGAGGCCGAGGUGGGUGGAUCACAAGGUCAGGAGUUCGAGACCAGCCUGGCCAAUAUGGUGAAACCCCAUCUCUACUAAAAAUACAAAAAUUAGCCAGGUGUGAUGGCAGGUGCCUGGUCCCAGCUACUCGGGAGGCUGAGGCAGGAGAAUUGAUUGCUUGAACCUGGGAGGCAGAGGAUGCGGUGAGCCGAGAUCACGGCACUGCACUCCAGUGUGGGCGACAGAGCAAGACUAUCUCAAAAAAAAAAAAAAAAGAAAAAUUGCCACAGCCUCUCCAGCCUUCAACAGCCACCACUUGGAUGAAUCAGCAGCCAUCAACAUUGAGGCAAGACCCUCCCCAGCAAAAGGAUUACAACUCACUGAAGGCUUAGAUGAUUGAUAGCAUUCUUUAGCACUAAAAUAUUUUUAAUUAAGGUGUGUACUCUGUUUUUGUAGACAUAAUGCUGUUACACACUUAACAGGCUACAACAUAGUAUAAACAUUAAUUAAUACGACUCAUUUUAUUGCAAUAUUCACUUUAUUGUGGUGGUCUGGAACCAAACCCCAGUGUCUCUAAGGUGUGAAUGUCUGUGGUGACAUUGGCAUCCACUGAAUCGCCCAGACAGUCUUCUUUGUGUGAGUAUAGGUCUUUUGGUUCUAGGUGUCCAGAAGGUGCCCUUGGCUCCAGAGCUGGACCACUCAAAUGGAUGGCACACACGUGUGCCCACCUGUGCCCCUGCCUAGUGUCCCCAUAACAAGCUUGGCCAAGUGCCUUGACGGUUCCC